GGGUAAGUGAAAUAACUUACGCUAUUUCACUAACUUAAGUAAAUUAACUUAUAUUUGAAUAAGGCUUGGUUCGCGCCACGCCGUCGAGCGGCUGUGGUGCGCCGCGACUCUCGGAUCCGUUCGGCUCGGCUCGGCAGGCCCGGCUCGGCCUGGGGUCGGGGACUCUCGACUUUGCCAUACGAUAUUUCGAUACUCUCUUUAUAUAGUUGUUUACAUUGACAUUCCAAAGCCAUCGAGGCGCGAAGAAGGAGGAAGGAAGAAGAAGUGGCAAGCUUAUUUAUUUAUCGUCGUCGUAAUGAUCCGUGAUUCAUUCGCAAUCACCCCAUCUGAGGAAGAUUCGUGCACUUCUGAAGGCGUAAAGAAUAAUGCGCAAGUGAGUACCGAUCCGCUGUUCUCUGUUUAACGUUUUCUCCUUCGGGUCUGAGCAAACGUCUGCUGUGUAGUUGACGCACGCAACGUGGUUUUCGAACACGGAGCCAUGCUUUUUGAGAGGUGUUUUAUUUGUUCGAAUCAAGGCCUUCCAAUCGCCCACUUGAAACACUUACCUCUUGUAGUACCCUCUUGCAUUGCCCUCGGGUAAUUAUCCGCACGGAUCGUCGGGCAGUGUAUGGGCAUCCUAACCUCAGAGGGAACCACUGCUAUGCGGCCUAACCUCUGCUGCUGCUGCUCGGAGCUGAAGGCCGCCACUAUUUUCCUGUUACCUUCGCUGUCUGUCUGAUGAAACUGUUUUCCUGGCGUUGCAGAUCAAUGCAGGAGGUGAUGGAAAGUCUCUCCCCGAGGCUGUACGUGGCUGCACUUGGGAACUCGGGGAGAGAGAGGCAUCCCUGGAGGGCCCUGUCGGCGUGUGGGGGCCCUCCUCUUGCUAGCAACAUCCAAUAGAGCAUGCCAUGGAGUCCUGGAGGGCCCAUCAGAGAGCCUCCUGGGCUGGUGGAGGCUCUCUAGGGCCCAAGGUAGAGUAGGACACUUUGAUGAACAGAAUGAGGAAGCGCUCAGGAAUAAUGCGAUGUCCUUCCCUGAGGCUAUUAACUCAGGGAGGGACAAGGGCCAUCAGAGCCUCCUGGGCUGGUGGAGGCUCUCGAUGGCCCAAGGCAUGGACGGGAGGGUAUAAUUUGAUGAACAGAGCGAGGAAGCACUCAGGAAUAAUGCGAUAUCCUGAGGCUGUUAACUCGGGGAGGGACAUGGCCAUCAGACAGCCUCCUGGGCUGGUGGUGGCUCUCUAUGGCCCGAGGCAUUGGGUGGUUCGGCUUGAUAAACAGGAGGAUGAAGCACUCUGUAAGUAUAGUGGUGUUGCUUCUUGAGCUGUUGAGAAAGUUUCUUGUGCCGUAAUUUAUCUGCUGCUGUUUACUGAUGUUUUGUUUCCGUGUAGGUAUGAAAAGGCUGUUCGGCUGGAGGGACUUUCUG